UGUUCUUGGUCAUGAACUACAAGCCUAGAAUCAACAUUUCUUGAUCUUGAUCUUUGACUCUUCUCCCUUCUCUGGAGAGGGAACAGAGCAGUUGUUCUUCUGACCCCUCUUUAUGUGUAGUAUGAAGGAAGUGGGAAAAACCAUACCAAGCUGUUAUGUAGAUUCUGGGAAUUGCAAAACUAGUCCAGGUGCCUCAUGUGCUCAUUCUCUUUCAGCAGCCCUCCAUCUCUGGACCUUGACUUUCUCCCAGAGGGAAAUUUAGAAGAAGAAAUGGCUCCUGUGUUGCUGACAGCCAAGCCUCAGGAAUCUGUGUCAUUUAAGGAUGUGGCUGUGAACUUCACCCAAGAGGAGUGGCAGCAACUGAACCCUGCCCAGAGGGACCUCUACAGAGAAGUAAUGUUGGAGAACUAUAGAAACCUCAUUUCACUGGGACUCCCCGUUUCUAAACCUGAUGUGAUCUUCCAGUUGGAGCAAGGAGAAGAGCCGUGGAUGCUUGAUCUACAAAGAAUUGAAGAGGGAGAGAUCUCAAGAAACAUGUGUCUAGACAGGAAGAGUAAACCUGAGACCGAGGGGUCAGCUCUAAAGCAGAUCAUUUCUAAAGAAAUAAAAUCAUCAGGGACAUUAAUAGAAAGAUUUACAAGAGAAAUAACUGUACCUGAGAUUAGAUUGGAGAAGAAAAGAGAAAACUCUGAAAGGAAGAUAAGUAGAAAAUCUGUUUCCCAUAAGAGGAAUCUCAAGAAAAUGUCAGUUAAUGACAAAAAGAAUCCCAGUAAGGAGAAAGGCCCUGAAUGUAAUAUAUGUGGGAAGACCUUCAGACACAGAAGUAGUCUUCGGAGACAUCAGAUUACCCACACAGGAGAAAGACCCUAUGAAUGUAAUGAAUGUGGGAAAGCUUUUUUUGACUGUUCAUCCCUAACCAUACAUGAAAGAAUUCAUACUGGAGAGAAGCCCUAUGAAUGUGAUGAAUGUGGAAAAGCCUUCUUUAACUGCUCAAAUCUUACCAGACAUCAGAGAAUACAUACUGGAGAGAGUCCCUACAAAUGUAAUGAAUGUGGGAAAGCUUUCAGACAUAGCAGUAGCCUUAGGAGACAUCAAAUGACUCACACGGGACAAAGACCCUAUGAAUGUCAUGAAUGUGGAAAAGCCUUCUUUGAUCGUUCAACUCUAAUCAUACAUGAGAGAAUUCAUACUGGAGAGAAGCCCUAUGAAUGUGAUGAAUGUGGGAAAGCCUUCUUUGACAGAUCAUCUCUUACACAACAUCAGAAAAUCCAUAGUAAAGAGAAACUCUAUGAAUGCAAUGAAUGUGGGAAAGCUUUCAAUUUGAGAAGGCACCUUAACCGACAUCAAAUAACUCAUACUGGAGAAAAACCUUAUGAAUGUAGUGUAUGUGGGAAAGUUUUCAGUCGCAAAUCAUCUGUUAUCCAGCAUCAACGACGCUAUCAACGCUGGCCUCGGGGCCGGGCGGGCGGGCGCGGCAAUUGCGCGGGGUUGGACCGGGCUGAGCUGCGCAGGACGGCCGCUGCCGUUGCUGCUGCUGCCGGGAGGAAGAGCGCCGAGUGGCCGGCUUUACGGCUGCAAGCGAACCAGCUAACCCUAGAGACUCUCACGAAGGACCCAGAACAGGAACCGUCCAUCGCCUUCGGUCAUGCAGAGAUAACUGCGCACUGCCGCUUCCGUUUCGGUGCCUUUGGUCCCUCGUGGCACAUUCAGUGGUGGCUGACAACUACGGAGCGGGCCCCUAGAGGGUUUAUUGAGAUUCCCUUGGCAGCCGCUCCGCCUCCUUCCUCCGACCCUGAAGAGCGCUUUUGUGCUAACUCAUCUCAGACUCAUUCUGGUCCUUUGUCAGUAGCUGGACUCUCACCUGUAGUGUAUUGUUUGGGCAUGGGAAUGCGGGAGGGGGGAGACACUCUUUUAGGCUUAGUGUGGUUCCAGCAUGGGGUCCGUGGCGGCUCGGGGCAGAGAGCCGGUUUCUCUGGGUCCGGGCGAAGAGGGUCACCUGGAGAGGAAUUGGUGACAUUCAAGGAUGUAGCUGUGAACUUCACUGAGGAAGAAUGGAGGCAACUGAGUUCUGUUCAGAGGGACUUGUACAGGGAUGUGACAUUGGAGAAUUACAGAAACAUAAUCUCACUGGGUCUUUCCAUUUCUAAACCUGAUGUGAUUCUCCAGUUGGAAAGAGGGGAAGAAUCAUGGAUAGUGAAUCUAAAGAGAACUGCAGAGAGAUCGAUCCCACCACAUACCUCUACUGAUUGGGAAAAUAGGCCUGAGACUCAGGAUUCAACUCUAAAACACAACAGGUAUGAAGAAGUAGAAUCACCAGAGAUAUUAAUGGGAAAAACCAGUGGGGACAUUCCAGUGGAGCUUGUAUUUGGAGGAAUUCGUGUACCUGAGAGUAGAAGGGAGAGGCAAAGGGGAGACACUUCAGGGGAAACUUGGAAAAAAACUUUCUCCCAAGAGAAAGGACAAGUUACUAUGACUCGCAAGAAAACUUCCAAGAGAGGGAGAGUCCAUGCAUGCAAUGAUUGUGGCAAAACUUUCAGUCACCAUUCAGCCCUUGUUCGUCAUCAUAUAAUUCAUAUAGGAGAGAAACCUUAUGUAUGCAAUGAGUGUGGAAAAACUUCCAGUCAUCACUCAGCCCUUAUUAGAUAUCAUAUAAUUCAUACUGGAGAGAAACCCCAUGAAUGUCACAAAUGUGGGAAAGCCUUCUUCAUCCGUUCUUCCCUUAUUCAACAUCAAAAAACUCAUACUGGAGACAAUCCCUAUGAAUGUAAUAAAUGUGGUAAAGCCUUUUUUGGUCUGUCAACCCUUACUCGACAUCAGAGGACUCAUACUGGAGAAAAGCCCUACCAAUGUAAUGAAUGUGAAAAAUACUUCUUUGAUGGCUCAUGUCUUACACGACAUCAGAGAAUCCAUACUGGAGAGAAGCCCUAUGAAUGUAGUGUGUGUGGGAAUGUCUUCAGUAGCAAGUCAUCUAUCAUCCAACAUCAGCGACGUCAUGCUGGUGAAUAAAUGGGGAGAUAUAACGAAUUUGGGGAAAUCUUUAGUCAAAGGCUGCCACUUUGUUAAAUUCCUAACAAUCAAGUUGGAACCAGACAUUUCAUAAAGUUUUUUAAAAGAUUUCCUAUAUUAAAUCUAUUGUUUGAACUGC